AAAUUGAACCAGAAAUGACUUUCAUAAUUUUCUUUGCUGGUUUCUGUUAAAUAUACCACACAAGACACAUUCUCUUAUUCCAAACUGCCUCCAAUGGCUGCAGCUUCUGAUAUCAGGAUUGUAGUCCUCACUUGUCUAAUAGUAUUCCUUUCUUUCACUUCUUCUAAUUCACUUCCUUCACAUAAUCUGUAUCUCAAACGACAAGCUUCGAUCCUCGUUUCGCUCAGACAAGGUUUUGAGUCCUUUGAUCCAUCUCUUGAUUCCUGGAACAUAUCAAACUAUUUGUCACUUUGUUCUUGGACUGCCAUCCAAUGUGACAAUACUAAAAGAUUGGUUGUUGGUCUUGAUAUCUCCAAUUUGAAUGUCUCUGGAUCUUUUUCGUCCGCGAUCACUGAACUUAAAGGCCUUGUCAAUCUUUCAAUCCAUGAUAACAGCUUAUCUGGUGAGUUUCCAUCCGAAAUUCACAAGCUCGCAAGGCUUCAAUUCCUCAACAUAUCCAACAAUCAGUUUUCUGGUGAGCUUAACUGGAAUUUCGGUCAGUUGACAGAUCUUGAAGUGCUAGAUACUUAUGAUAACAACUUCAAUGGCUCACUCCCACUUAAUGUCACUGAACUUGCCAAGAUCAAGUACUUGGAUUUCGGCGGGAAUUACUUUACUGGAGAGAUUCCUACCAGCUAUGGAAGUUUCAAGCAGCUCAAGUGGCUAUCACUGAAAGGAAAUGAUUUGGGUGGAUUGAUACCAGGCGAGCUUGGCAAUCUUACGACGCUUGAGCAGCUUUUCCUGGCUUAUUACAAUCAGUUUGAUGGAGGAAUCCCACCUGAGUUUGGUAAGUUGAUCAAUCUGGUUCAUCUAGACCUUGCAAUAUGUGGCUUAAAAGGUCCAAUUCCACCAGAGUUGGGCAAUCUGAAGAAAUUAGACACACUUUUCUUGCACGGCAAUGAACUAAGUGGUUCAAUCCCACCACAGCUAGGCAACUUAAGUAGCUUGAAGUCUCUUGAUCUUUCAAGAAAUGCACUAACAGGUGAUAUCCCAUUCGAGUUUUCCGGUCUCCGCGAGCUCACUCUUAUGAACCUGUUUAUCAACAAGUUACAUGGAGAGAUCCCUCACUCCAUUGCAGAGUUGCCAAACCUGGAGGUCUUAAAGAUUUGGAAAAACAAUCUCACUGGAGCCAUACCACCAAAGCUUGGAGAGAAUGGUAAGUUGACUGACCUUGACCUGUCAAGCAACAAGCUUACCGGAUUAGUCCCUAAAUCUCUCUGCUCUGGCAGGAGACUAAAUAAUUUGAUUCUAUUCAAUAACUUUCUGUUUGGUCCUCUACCUGAAAGUCUUGGCCAAUGUGCGACACUAGAGAAGGUUCGAAUGGGACAGAAUUACUUGAGUGGAUCAAUACCAAAAGGGUUUCUUUACUUGCCUGGAUUGUCACUCCUUGAGCUGCAGAACAAUUAUCUUAGUGGACUAAUUCAACAAAACACCAGCAAGGUACCAUCAAAGCUUGAGCAGCUGAUUGUGUCGAACAACCGCUUAUCGGGGCCUCUUCCUUCAUCUAUUGGCAAUUUUUCUAGUUUGCAGGUCCUGUUAUUGAAUGGUAACAGAUUUACAGGAGAGAUUCUACCUGAAAUCGGUCGGUUGGAAAAUGUUCUGAAGUUGGAUUUCAGCAGAAACAACUUCUCUGGAGGAAUACCUCCUGAGAUAAGCAGUUGUUCCAUGGUGAGUUACUUGGAUGUGAGCCAAAACAAACUUUCAGGUCCAAUCCCAAUUCAGAUUACCCAAAUUCAUUUAUUGAACUACCUAAAUGUUUCUUGGAACAACUUGAGCUCUAGCCUUCCUAAGGAGAUUGGAUCCAUGAAGAGCUUAACUUCAGCUGAUUUUUCCCACAACAACUUCUCUGGUUCAGUACCCGAAUUCGGACAAUAUUCAUUGUUCAACUACACAUCCUUUUUGGGUAAUCCUCUACUCUGUGGAUUUUCCAUGAGCCAAUGUAACGACUCAUCAAACUCACCUUCAAAACUCCACAACCAAAAUGGCACCAAGUCUCGAGUCCCCGGAAAGUUGAAGCUUCUCUUUGCGUUGGGAUUCUUGGCAUGUUCUCUUAUAUUCGUAGUCUUGGCAAUCCUCAAAGCGCGGAAGAUACGAAAGAAUUCGAAUUCAUGGAAGCUCACUGCAUUUCAGAAACUGAAGUUUGGAAGUGAAGACAUACUAGAAUGUCUGAAAGACAACAAUGUUAUAGGCAAAGGUGGCGCUGGGAUUGUUUAUAGAGGAACAAUGCCUAAUGGAGACCAAGUAGCAAUCAAGAAGUUGCUAGGCAUCAAUAGAGGCUCAUCUCAUGACAAUGGACUAUCUGCAGAGAUACAAACACUUGGCAGAAUCCGACACCGGAACAUUGUCCGAUUACUGGCAUUUUGUUCAAACAAAGAGACCAACUUGCUGGUUUAUGAGUACAUGCCAAAUGGAAGUUUAGGAGAAGUUCUGCAUGGGAAGAGAGGUGGUUUUCUCAAUUGGGAUACCAGGCUCAAAAUAGCCAUUGAAGCUGCAAAAGGCAUCGCUUACUUGCAUCAUGAUUGUUCACCACUGAUAAUCCACAGAGAUGUCAAAUCAAAUAACAUUCUGCUUAAUUCAGAAUUUGAAGCUCAUGUAGCAGAUUUUGGACUUGCCAAGUUCUUACAGGACACUGGUACUUCAGAGUGCAUGUCUGCCAUUGCUGGCUCUUAUGGUUACAUUGCUCCAGAAUAUGCAUACACAUUGAAGGUAGAUGAGAAGAGUGAUGUGUACAGCUUUGGGGUGGUUCUGUUAGAGCUGAUAAGUGGGAGAAGACCAGUAGGUGACUUUGGAGAAGAAGGAUUGGACAUUGUUCAAUGGACCAAGAUUCAAACAAAUGGAGUCAAAGAAGGAGUGGUGAAGAUAUUGGAUCAAAGACUAAGUGAUAAGAUUCCAAUCAAUGAAGCAGUGCAGGUGUUCUUUGUGGCAACAUUGUGUGUUCAAGAGUGCAGUGUGGAGAGACCAACCAUGAGAGAGGUUGUCCAAAUGCUUGCUCAAGCUAAACAGCCUAAUACAUUUCAGAUGCAGUGAUUUCAAAAUACACCAAUUAAUUAAGCUUAACUGGGGCUGCUUUUAAUUAGUGUAUAUGCUGCAUUAUUUUCUUUUCUUUCCUUUUUCUUUCUGUUUUUUGGUGCUUUUUUUUCUUCAAUGUUUAAUUUUAUAUGCUAGGUUGGUGUAUUGUGUAUUUAGGUCAGCCAAUGGGUUUAUUCUGAGCAGCAUGAGGUAGAAAGGAGGAAAAUUGUAGUUUUGAUGGUACGGUUGGUUUCAGAAUUAUUUAAUUUUGACUUUUUAAGCUGGUAUGAUAAUAAAUAACUAGAGCUGGAUUUGGUUCA